CACGCUGGCGGGCGCCAUGAUGGCUGUCGAACAAGCGCUGGUAGCAGUUUGACAGUGUCAUUUUCGUUAAAUUUUCCUUUAAUUUCUUCACAAUUUAGAGAUUAUCCGAGGUUUUUUUGAAUUAGGUAACCAUUAAAUGUUAUAUACUAUAUUUAUAUAAACAUCAAGUAACAGUGACGGUUCAAUUUAUGAUCUUAAUUGAAAGCGAAAAAAAUGGAGCCAAAACUAACAAACACCGUUAGCCUAAAAACAUAUUCUCGCUCGAAAUGUUGGAAAGUUUCGAAUCCUAAGGAUAUAAAAUGUGAACCUUUGACGACAAAAGAAGCCGUGAAGUAUUUGUUGCAAGGAUCAUUGAAGAGAAGGGUCUGUCGGUUUUGCUUAACCACGACGACCUCUUUAUCAGAAUUAGACGAGAUUUUAGAGGUAGCCAAUUCUGGAGCAAUAUUUCAAGUCGCCAUACGGGACAUGUUAGCGAGCUUCUACCCAUUUCAGAUAUCGGAUGACCCUAAUUUCCCAAAUAAAAUCUGCGGAAAAUGCCUCGAUAGAACAAUCAAUUGUUACUUAUUUACACAGCAGUGUGAACGAGCCGAACGGGCGAUACGUAACUGCUUCAUUGACAUCAAUGAGAAAUUCGAUAAACUAGACCCUCUCGAACGAGUGAAGAGGAGGGGAAGACAAAAAUUAAAUCCCAACCACAAUAUAAUACACAUAGAACAUAAAAAUGUCAUUAACUACGCAGAUCCAAUAAUAAAUAUAGUAAAUUCUGGCUCAUCACUCAUAAAUGGUAAUGAAGUUCAAAUAAAUGAACUGGAAUGUCCUAAAUGUUGGCAAGUGUUUCCCAACGUUGAAUCUCUGGUUAACCAUGAGAAAAUACAUCCGAAAUCAAUGUGGUACAACUGUAAAUACUGCGGGAACUCUUUUAUGAAGCUUUCACAUUACAAAAAACAUAUUAAACAGUUUCAUGUUAAAGGAAACAAUAAAACUAAUGAAGAUAAACAACAUUUUGAAUGCAAAGAAUGUGGUACUGCUUUUGAGGAAUUAGAUAAUUAUUUACAACACAUUGAAAAGCACAAGUUUAAGAGUGUUCUAGAACAUUUAGUUGAGAAGAAAAUGGACAAUCUGUGCGGUGUUUGUUUGGACAAAGGAGAUAGUAUGACACAAUUAAAUGAAACUUUAUCUUUACAUGGAGGAUAUCCAGAAUUAUCCGGAGAGUUGACUGUGGCUACAGUCUUAACAUCAACUAUACCAGAGAAAUCGCACAAAUUCGAUGAAUUCCUCGUCCCCAAGCAAGCAAAUCGAAUAGCGAUUACCAGGAGAAUUACCAAAACAAAUAAGAGAGCUAAUAAAAAACUUGAUGUCAUAAAUAAAGUAACAAAAAGGGCUAAUGUAGCAAUGAAGUUGAUUACUAUAACUCACAAUACAUUUUCUUUCUCAAAUCCUAUAAAAAUAACCACUGAAAUUAUUGACUUAGACGAGACAGAUAAUUCAACAUUUGAGAAAAGUAAAUCUGUUGAUAAAUCAUCCCUACAUGUUGGUAAAGAUGGAGCUGGAUUCCCAUUUUCUUUUGCUAAUCCUAUAAAGAUUUCUGACAAUUCCUGUGAAGUAAAAGACAAGGGACAGAUAGAUAUGCCAUCCAUUGACAUAAGACAGGAAGACUCCAUACAAAUAGACCCUGAUAGUGGGAUAUCUACAGUUCCCAUUUUAUGUAUAACUUGUUCGAUAUUAAAAAAGCCCCAGUGCGAGAAAUGUAUUGAAUUAACAUCGGAUACUGAUGUAUCUACAAACUCAUCUGAGACCAUAAAUGAAGAAAAUGAAAACACACAAAUGAAGACUUGCAAACAGUGUUGGAUAUUUGGUAAAGUAGGAAAAUGCAAUUAUUGUAAGGAACAAACUGAUAAAACUGUAGAAACAGAUAUUCCCGAUCUUCAAGACUCUGAAGAAACCGACCCAAUUCCAAAAAUAAGUGUUGAACCCGAGAAAGACAUCGGAAUUGCAAAGGAAAAUAAUGAUAAUGAGAAUAUCCAAAAAGAACAGAAUCUUGAACCUGAGAAAGCUAUCCCAAUACCACAGAUAAAUGAUAAAUCUGAUAAAGACAAGCCGCGUAAGAGAAAAAUUGAAUCCGAGGAAUUCACAAUUUCAAAGAAAAAUAUCGCACAUGAAAAAGAUAUCCUAGUUGACGAACCUGAGGAAAUCCUCCCAAUUACAAAGGUCAAUCUUGAAACUAAAGAAAUCAUAACUAGGAAGAGAAAAAUUGUAUCUAAGGAAGUCUUAAAUGAAAAAGUAAAUACUGAAGAUGAAGAACCCAUGCUAAGUAGAAAGAGAAAAAUUGACCAUGAAAUUGAACUCCCAAUUGUAAAGAAAUCGAAAUGGCAAUGUGAAAUCUGUUUAACUAAUAAUGAUAACAGAGAAAAAUGUUUCUGUUGUGGUGAGAAAAGGAUGCAAGAUAAUGUGAAUAAUUUUAGUUUCAAUUUUACGAAAUGCGAAUAUACACCUAAGCGUAAUAAGAAUAAAUCAGAUGCUGUCAAAAAUAACAACUAUAUUAUCACAAGUAAUAAAGAAGAAAACGAAAACACUGAACAAAUAACUAAAGAAGAUAAACAAGAACAGAAUAAAGUUGAAGUUGUUAAAAAUGAUUUGAUUCCAAAUAUUUCUUUACCAAACAUAGAAGUAGUAGCUGAUGUUGUAAAAGUUGACACAAAAGAAAUUAAACCACAAAACGAAGAGCAAAUGGAUGUAAAUUUCGACGACGGCAAUGUUGCAAAAGUCGCAGGAAACGUUGCCAAAUUUGACGGAAACGUCAAAUUCGACGUUAAUGUUCCUAAAUUUGGUGGAAAUGUUGCUGAAUUUGAUACAAGCAUUCCCAAAGUUGACGGAAAUGUUACUAAAUUCGACAGUAUUAUUGGCAACUUUGGAAAAAUUGAUAACAAUGUAAUUAAACCAGUUAUGCCUAGUGUGAAUUUUAAUUUCGGGUCGUGUUCAACUUUCACACCGACGAUGCAAAGUUUCACGCCUCCAGUAAUGCAGAAUUUCAGUCCCAUUUCAACAAUGUCACCCACACAGUUAACAUCGCUCAGUUUUAAUAUCGGUACUCAAGAUAGUAAUAACAAACCAAGGAAGAUAUUAAAAAAUAUGAGACAUAGAAGAGAAAAACAAUUGAAAAGAUAGACAUUUUUUAACUACCCACCUUUUG